UGAUAGGGGGAGGGCUGGGGCUGGGCCUCUGGGCUGGACACACCCUCGGGUCACACUGGGAGGUAGCCUGGUCAGCUGGUCCCAUCGCUGCGAUGACCAGAGCUGUGUGGGGCUCACAGCGGUGACGGGCGGCUCUCCCAGAGACUGGGGACCCUGUGAAGAUCUUGCCCUUGGGCACAAAGCAAGGAUGCGUGAGAUCGUACACAUUCAGAUCGGCCAGUGUGGCAACCAGAUCGGAGCCAAGUUCUGGGAGGUGAUUGGCGAGGAGCAUGGGAUCGACUGGGCCGGAAGCUACCGCGGGGACAGCGCCCUGCAGCUGGAGAGGGUCAGCGUGUACUACAACGAGGCCCAUGGUAAGAAAUACGUGCCCCGAGCAGUCCUGGUGGACCUGGAACCUGGGACCAUGGACAGCAUCCGAUCCAGCCGACUGGGGGCCCUCUUCCAACCGGACAGCUUUGUCCACGGUAACUCUGGGGCCGGCAACAACUGGGCCAAGGGCCACUACACGGAGGGGGCCGAGCUGGUGGAGAGCGUGCUGGACGCGGUGCGCGCCGAGGCCGAGGGCUGCGACUGCCUGCAGGGCUUCCAGCUCGUGCACUCGCUGGGCGGGGGCACGGGCUCGGGGAUGGGCACGCUGCUCCUGGGCAAGAUCCGCGAGGAGUACCCCGACCGCAUCCUCAACUCCUUCAGCGUGAUGCCCUCGCCCAAGGUGUCGGACACGGUGGUGGAGCCCUACAACGCCGUGCUGUCCGUGCACCAGCUCCUGCAGAACUCGGACGCCUGCUUCUGCAUCGACAACGAGGCCCUCUAUGACAUCUGCUUCCGCACCCUCCGGCUGGCCACGCCCACCUACGGCGACCUCAACCACCUGGUGUCCCUGACCAUGAGCGGCGUCACCACGUCGCUGCGCUUCCCGGGCCAGCUCAACGCCGACCUGCGCAAGCUGGCCGUGAACAUGGUGCCCUUCCCGCGCCUGCACUUCUUCAUGCCCGGCUUCGCGCCGCUCACGGCCCAGGGCAGCCAGCAGUACCGCGCGCUCUCAGUGGCCGAGCUCACCCAGCAGAUGUUCGACGCCCGCAACACCAUGGCCGCCUGCGACCCCCGCCGCGGCCGCUACCUGACCGUGGCCUGCAUCUUCCGGGGGAGGAUGUCCACCAAGGAGGUGGACGCGCAGCUGCUCGCCGUGCAGACCAGGAGCAGUGGCUGCUUCGUGGAGUGGAUACCCAACAACGUCAAGGUGGCCGUGUGCGACAUCCCGCCCCGGGGGCUGAGCAUGGCGGCCACCUUCAUCGGCAACAGCACGGCCAUCCAGGAGCUCUUCAGCAGGAUUUCUGAGCACUUCUCGGCCAUGUUCAAGAGGAAAGCCUUCGUGCACUGGUACACGGGCGAGGGGAUGGACAUCAAUGAGUUUGCCGAAGCCGAGAGUAAUAUCCAGGAUUUGGUGUCCGAGUACCAACAGCUUCAAGAUGCCGAAGCAGUUCCGGAGGAGAAGGAGGAGGUCGGGGGCGAGGCAGAAAGGGAACCAGGAGAUAAGGGACAUUAACCGCGAGAGAAGCUGCGCGAGGCUGGCCGCGGCGUGGAGUCACGUCCAGUGUUCUCACCUAGGAUGAGUGAGUCCCCACGGCCGUCCCCGGCCAGUUCUGCACCGUAGCACCGCGACCCACACGCAGCCACCCAGUAUUAGCUUCAACACAGGACUGCGCGGGUGGGGAAGUACUGAUGGGCAGUAGGGUCUUCUGCUGGCACCGACUAGCCUUGAAGAGCUUCAUAUCCCCUGCCCACUCUAGUCGCUUCUUUUUAAUAGCCAGGUGAAUUUAUGGUAAAGCGCUCCCUCUGUUUAAAGAUCUGGAUUGGCUAUUUGCUGUAUGCCUAGCACCGCGCCAGGCAUCAGGGCUCCACACGUGAACGCGUGGGGAGCCACUGCAGUUGAGGUUAAAUUGUAAAUGCUUUAGCUACGCUGGUAAGCGUCCCGGAAUCUGUACUUGGCAUCCCGGGCUGCUAAGGCUCUUCCUGCAGGUUCUCUCUUAACUCGCUGCCCGCAGCCCACCUGUUCACACCUGCCGGCCUCCAGAAAAGCCAGGUGACUGCUUGGUGUGCAGGAGGUUCGCAGAGGUAAAUGGGCUUCAGCGUCCACUAAAUUGUGGAGACCGUGUGUACAUUUCAACGUACCAACUGCAAAGGGCAAAAGGGAGGAAAGGAGAGUGGCAUUCCUUCCCACAAAUACCCGGGCAAAAAAAAUAAAAAACAAAAAACGACAAGCAAAACUCGAGAACUCCAAUCCUCUGAUCUUUAUGUCUGAAGAGCUAGCUUUUAACAUAGGUGUAUUUACAUACUUUUAAGUUUCUUACUGAUGUUUGAUUCUGAGAAUUCAUUAAUCAUCUUUGGUUUUCCUUGUAAAGGUUAUCUCGAAAUGCCCUUUUCACUUUCAUGCGGCGAUCACCUCCUGAAAGCUCUCUGUAGCCGCUCUGUUCUUUAAAAGGGCACAGGCGCGCUCGGCAACCAUUCAAACGGAGGAAUUAAGCAGCGGUGGCUGCAGUGUCCUUCGCAGUUACGGAAGACAUCGUCUCAUUAGGGAACUUUUACAGUUCAAAUUAAUUUGCAGAAGUUGCCAUAAAUGUUUGCAUGAUCAUGCAGCUUUAACCAUUACAUGAUUUUAAUCUGCUCACAUUACAACAGGACCAGAUACACAAAAGCGUAAUCAGAUCAUCCAUAACUUCUUAAUUACAGUUUACCUAUUCCUGACAUACAGCACUGCCAUCCCUUCCAGUGCCGCAAGGGUUUUAAUGGCCUUCUAGAAUUACCACGGAGCUGUCCUAUUUGAUCCAUGGGUAGCUGGCGACAGGAGGAAAUAUUUACUUGCAGGCAACUGGAUUUGCUCUGUAAUCUGCAGUAAUGAGGUAGCCGGUGAAUGGGUGACAGCAGCUCAUUUUGAGAAUCUUCACUCUUUUCAUGUAGUCUCAUGAGGAAAUAACUAAAACAUGUACCAAGAGAAAAUUGUCUCGCUGUUGGUAUCAUGACAAGUCUUCUAUUUCCAGAAUUACAAAAAUAAAUAAAUAAAUAAAUAAAUAAAUUUAAAUACUUUCUACUUGUGGUUCAAAAAGCACUAAAAACAAAAGUAGCUUUAAAAGUAGAUUUACGGAACUGCACCUAAACGACUCCUAGUUUGAAGUUCAUAACUUCCUUAGAUGCUAAAAAGACUUAUAACCUGCGAUUACAUAAGAAUUUACACACGAUUCCUCUAGCACUUUUUUUCACUUUCUCAAACCUGAAAAGGCAAUUAAAUAGAUGCAAGAAAGGAUAAAGAUCUAAAUUUAAAAAAAAAACCCUGCUGAUUUAUAUUACUGUAAAGAUUUUUGUUUGCUCAACAGUAAUCAUUAAAAUAAAAGAAAUACAAUUUUAAAUGGCUAAAUUGCUUUAUUUCAG